UAUUUCGUUACUCUGAGUUAUCGAAAUUUUAGUACAACUCACGAGUUUGUCUACGGUGCGAUAGCUGAGCUUGUAGAUAACUCUCGAGAUGCUAUGGCAAACAAUCUGCAUAUCGACUAUGAGUUUUUCGUCUACUUUACACUUGCCAUUUCUGUAGUAUCCUUUGGUCAUUCCCUCAAAAGAAUGGAGCCAGGGAUGAUAGGACAGUACGGAAAUGGAUUGAAAUCUGGUGCGAUGCGUAUCGCUAAAGAUUUCAUCAUGUUUACGAAGAAAGAUGGAUUACUGACGUGCUUAUUAUUAUCACGAACAUUUCACGAGAUGUACUCUUUGAAAGAAGUAUGCUCCUACCGUAAUUCCUGCUUCUAUUACUUAAAUAUUAUUAGAAACGAAAAACACUUGUUAGUUUGA